GUCUGUCCCCACCCUCUCCCUGCUCUGAGACUGGAAGGAUGGGAGGGUGGAGGGAGUUAAGCUCAAGAAGAUGUUGAUUUUGCUGGGACUGUGAAAGUAGUUGAGGGUUCCAGUUGUGCAGCAGGUGGUAAGGGUAGCUCCUUUUCCCAUUUACAAGGUUGAAGAAGAAGGAAGAUAUGUUCCUGACUUCCCAAGUUGGAACAAGCUUCAUUUCCCAUAAAAAACCAUUUUAUAGUGGUUACUUUAAAAACAAAAUUGUACUCUAACAUAUUUCAAGUAUAUUAUAGGAUAAAUAGGUGUUUCUGGACUGGCCUAGGGCUAUGACUGCCUCUAAUGUUAUGUAUUCCUUAUUCCAAAGCAACUUCUAAAUUCUAGCUUCUUAUAAGUUGACAUACAUUUAUGAAUUAGAGGACAGUUCAAUGAGUUAUUCAGAACCUAUGCAUGGCUUUUGUUAACUUAAUGAUUUAUCCAAGCACCUAUGAUAGCCUUUGAAAGCGGAAAAUCAUGUUUUUGAGGGUCCAUCUCAGUGUAUCUGUUGGUUUUUUUUUUUUUUGGAGAGAAAGAUUAGUCCCGAGCUAACAUCUGUUGCCAGUCCUCCUCUUUUUGCUGAGGAAGACUGGCCCUGGGCUAACAUCCGUGCCUAUUUUUGUCUACUUUAUAUGUGGGACACUGCCACAGCGCGGCUUGAUAAGCAGUGUCUAAGUCCGCGCCCGGAAUCUGAACCUGCGAACUCCAGGCCACUGAAGCGGAGCGUGCGAACUACUGGCCGGCCCCUCAGUGUAUCUGUUUUUAAGUGAACCAACUCAUAUUCUUUUCGUCCCUUUGGGGACAUUUUCUUAAAUUACAGUCAUUGCCUGAAAACCUGUCCCAUAAAAAAGCAUAUAGUCAACCUGACCUAUAGAAGCAAUUCUGUUCAAGUUAGAUACAGGUCCUUUAGUGGUUGUCUAGGUAGUGAAAGAGACUUUUAAGAGGAGUGGGUACUUCUAAAAUGCCACUCCUUGGAGGUCUCCACUGCCUGCAUUCUCUGCCUGCCAAGGCACUUGAUGAUUUAUUUAACAAACACCUGUGUGCCUAAUAUGUAUCAGACACUGAUAGGCCGUGGGAAUAUAAAACUGAACACGACAAAAUAAUUGCCUUCUAGUAGUUACCCAGAAGAGGAGACUGGCAGUUACAAAACAAGGUGAAAAGAAUUUCUAAGAGGGGCCAGCCUGGUGGCAUAGUGGUUAAGUUCAUGCACUCCACUGCGGUGGUCUGGAGUUCACAGGUUCGGAUCCUGGGUGUGGACCUAGGCACUGCUUAUCAAGCUGUGCUGUGACAGGCAUCCCACAUAUAAAGUAGAGGAAUAUGGUCAUGGAUGUUAGUCCAGGGCCAAUCUUCCUCAGCAAAAGGAGGAUUGGCAGCAGAUGUUAGCUCAGGGCUAAUCUUCCUCACCAAAAAAAAAGAAUUUCUAAGAGAUGUGUUAGUUGAGAGAAGAGUGCACUUUUUAUUUUUUUAAAUCAUGUCCAGCUUGAAACUGGGACCUUAUGCAUUUGGUUCAAAUGUCUUUCAGAGCACUCCAUCUGUGACACUUCUGCCUCAUUCCCUAAUUUGAGGUGUUGCCUGAGGUUCAGUAUUCAACACUGUUUACUUCCCCUCAGGUCUCAUCCACUGUUGUGGAUGCUAAGAAGUUCAAGAAAUAUUUAGUGAGUACUUAGUAUGUCGAAAGAGUGGGCAGGCACAGACAGUGCCCUAAAUUGUCUUCUGUCCUGACUUCAAAACUCCCAAGUCCACAGGAAAAGGAAAUCUGGAGUUGUGUCACAAUAACUUGGGGACCCUGUCAUAACUGGCUCACCAUCUUUGAAGGUAUAUCAGGCAGGAAUACCAUAGAAUUCAUGCAUUAAGUGAAAGUUUUGAAUCAAAUAACUUAGGUCUAAUAACUUCAGCUGCCUACAGAACACUUAUUUAGAAAUGCCGUUAAUUCCCUCAACAUAAAAAAUACAAUGAUCUUUUUACCUCCCCCUCCAAGUCCUUACGUUUAUCAGUCACAAGAGCCUGUCCAGUUUUCCUUUACAAUCAUUGCCACUAUUUUAAUCCGGGCUUUCAUCACCUGGUACCUGAAUGUUCUAUUAGUCUAAUUUGAGUCCUGCCUCCAGCUCUGUUCUUUCUCCAAGGGGACCCACGUUGCUAGUCUCAAAAUACAACAAUCUUUAUCUUAUUGCAUCCCUACCCACAAUUUUCAGUAACUCCCAAUUAUCUGCAGUUGAAUUGGUAUUCCACAGUCUGUAUCCAGCUCACUCCCCCAGCCAUGGCCUCUUCAUGGCAUGGGAAAUGUCAGGGCACCUAUUAGCCAGUUGAACCUCUUCUUCCUCACUGGAGCAUCACCUAUCUUCUUGCAGCUCCAAGAUAUAACACCUGUUGCAUGUCCCUGAACCUUCCAGGAAGCCCCUGGUCUACAGUACCUCGCCCUCCACACACCUAUAGCCCUUUAUUAGUUUAGCUGACAGUUCUGGGCACCAGUUGUUGCUGGGCUGCAGUGCAUCACUCACGGCUAAUUAUGGCCUCCAUUGCUUUUUACUUUUUCAAGUAGGAUUCCACUAAUUGCUCCUGAUGCUAGGGCCAGGUCGUCUCCAAUGAGUAGGUGAUGAAUUAGUAUUUUCCCUUUUCAGAGGCUGCCCCUGGAGCCUGGCUCAGAUUUAAUAGACCAGAACUUAAUGGUCGCAGGAUCUGACCCACUGCGCCAUGAGUGCGCAAUCACAGGACAGGUGAGGAAGGCCCGAUUAAAAACUCCGUAUAAUCCUAUUAUAUCCUCCGUGGGUCAGCCAGGUCCUCCGCCUGGGCUUCGCGGCACGUGUGGACAGCGGUGCCCUGCUCUUUUGGCACUUCGCAGCCGCCGUCCACAGUGCCCAGCUGAGCGCAAAAGCCCUUCGAAGAGGACUGGCUCCGGCGCCGCCGCAUUUGACCCCUGACCUGGGCUCUCCGCGCGGGUGAGAAGCUGAGCCCAGAAAGAUGUGAUAAGGAGCCAGUCAUGCAGAGAAUGAAAGGAAGAGCGUUCUAAGUGUAAGAAACAGAAUUUACGAAACCUCUAAGGUGGGGAAAAGUCAGGGAAUGAAAACAAGGCUAAUGUGGCUGGGGCACAAUGAGUAAGGGGGAAGUAGUGAGAGAUGAGUUUGAAGCAGUAGGCUGGAGCUUUUGAGCAGGGCCAUAAUAAGGCGUUUGAAUUUUAUUCUGAGUGUGAUAGAAGCCAUUGAAGGAUUUUAAGCAUGGAAUGCUAAAAUCCUAUUUUUGAUUUUAAAAGCUCCCUCCUGCUGCUAUGUAGAGAAUGAGUUGGGUGAUGGUAUGAGUAGCAGGGAGAUGACCAAAGAAGAUAAUUGCAGUAAUCCAGAUGAGAGAUGAUGAUAUCUUCAAAUAGAGUGGUGAUGGUGGAAAUGGAGAAAAGUAGACAGAUUAAUAUAUAUUUUCAAGGUAAAAUCUGGAAGACUUAAUGAUGGAUUAGAUGGGAAUAAGGGAGAAGGGGGAAUCCAGGGUGAUUUUCAGGUUUCUGGGUUGAGCAGUUGGGUGGAUAGUGGUACCAUUUACUGAGAUGAAGAAAACUGGAGGAAGAACAGAUUUGGGAGGAGGAGAUGGUAGAAUAGAAAAUUCCCCAUUUUAGACAGACUAACUUUUAGGUAUCUUUUCUAUAUCCAAGUGAAAAUAUUUGAUUAGCAGUUGUAUAUAAGAACUUGGAGCUCAGAGGAGAGAUUUGUGUUCAUGAUAUAAGUCUGGGAGUCUUCAGGAUAUGGAUGAUAUUUAAAGCCAAGGGAAUAGAUAAAGUCACUGAGAGAUUGUCUGGUUUGAUGGUUAUCACCACCAUUGGACCUUUGGCAACCAGUGCAGUUGAAUAUCUUUUAAAGUUUAAAGCAUUAGGUUUCAGUAAUUGGGUAAAUGAACUGUCAUUACAGAUCUGCAGAUGGUCAUGUAUUUGUCACCCUGUGUUGCCCUAAAAUACCCCAUCCCAUGGUGGAGAGAGAGAAACAAGAUCUCCUCCUGUCCACAGAUGCUCCCUGGAUCUGGCCCUUAAGCUUGCUGGUUUCUAUUUUCAGUGGGCUGAGGGCCAUGUCAGUUUUCUGCCACCUACAGGACAGACCAUGAAGCUGAAGGAACUUGAGCGGCCAGCUGUCCAAGUGUGGAGCCCAGCCAGCCAGUACCCUGUGUAUCUGGCCACAGGAACAUCCGCCCAGCAGCUAGAUGCCUCGUUUAGCACAAAUGGCACGUUGGAAAUCUUUGAGGUUGAUUUCAGGGACCCUUCUUUGGACUUGAAACACAAGGGAGUCCUUUCUGCCUCAAGCAGGUUCCACAAGCUGAUCUGGGGGAGCUUUGGCAAUGGGCUUCUGGAAGGCUCCGGGGUUAUUGCAGGCGGCGGGGACAAUGGCAUGCUUACUCUAUACAAUGUGACCCACAUCCUGUCUUCGGGGAAGGAGCCUGUGAUUGCCCAGAGACAGAAGCACACAGGUGCUGUCAGAGCCCUCGACUUUAAUCCUUUCCAGGGCAACCUCCUUGCCUCAGGGGCCAAUGAUUCUGAAAUCUUCAUUUGGGAUUUGAAUAACCUGAGUGUGCCAGUGACCCCAGGAUCCAAGUCAUAGCAGCCCCUAGAAGACAUCAAGGCACUCUCUUGGAACCAGCAAGUUCAACACAUUCUGUCUUCUGCUCACCCCAGUGGCAAGGCAAUUGUGUGGGAUCUCAGGAAGAAUGAACCUAUCAUUAAAGUCAGUGAUCACAGCAAUAGGAUGCACUGCUCAGGACUGGCCUGGCACCCAGACAUAGCCACCCAGUUGGUGCUAUGCUCAGAAGAUGAUCAUCUCCCAGUGAUUCAGCUGUGGGACUUGCGUUUUGCCUCCUCGCCCCUGAAGGUGCUGGAGAGCCACAGCAGGGGGAUCUUGUCAGUGUCAUGGAGCCAGGCUGAUGCUGAGCUGCUGCUCAGUAGUGCCAAAGACAACCAGAUCUUAUGCUGGAACCUGGGGAGCAGCGAGGUGGUAUAUAAGCUACCCACACAGAGCAGCUGGUGCUUUGAUGUGCAGUGGUGCCCUCGAGACCCUGCGGUGUUCUCUGCUUCCUCCUUCGAUGGCUGAAUCAGUUUGUACUCUGUGAUGGGUAGGAGCUGGGAAGUCCAGCAGAUGAGACAGGCUGACAAGAUUUGAAGGAUCUCUUCUUCCUUCAGCAAAGGCCAGCCUCUCCCACCAUUGCAGGUGCCAGAGCAAGUAGCCCAAGCAUCAUUGAUACCUCCCUUGAAAAAACCCCCCAAAUGGAUGAGAAGGCCAGCAGGCGUUUCAUUUGCUUUUGGGGGGAAGCUGGUUACCUUUGGCCUCCCCAGCACACCUGCCCAUCAGGUGCCACAGCCUUGCCUCCGCCUAGUCUUUAUCAGUCAAGUCACCACAGAAUCUGAAUUCCUGAUGCGGUCAGCUGAGCUGCAGGAGGCCCUGGGAUCAGGAAAUCUCCUGAAUUAUCGUCAGAACAAGAUCCAGCAAACAUCACUGCAAAGUGAAAAGAUGCUCUGGCAGUUCCUGAAGGUGACCUUAGAGCAAGACUCCAGAGUGGAAUUCCUAAAGCUCUUGGGAUACAGUAAAGAUGAGCUUCAAAAGGAGGUGGCCAUGUGGUUGAAGAGUGACGUGGGGCUGGGUGAGAGCCCUCAGCUCAAGGGAGAUGACCUCAGCAGUAACAGACAGCAGGCCUUCUGCAGCCAGGCCUCCAAACACACCACCGAGGAAGCUUCUACCUCCUCAACCUUCUUUGAUGAGCUGGUCCCUCAGAACAUGACUCCAUGGGAGAUCCCCAUCACAGAAGACACUGACGGACUGCUGAGCCAGGCUCUCCUGCUUGGAGAACUGGGCCCUGCUGUGGAACUGUGUUUGAAGGAAGAGAACUUUGCUGAUGCCAUCAUCCUGGCCCAGGCUGGGGGCACAGAUCUGCUAAAGCAAACACAGGAGCGCUACUUGGCCAAGAAGAAAACCAGAAUCUCCUCGCUUAUAGCCUGUGUUGUGUGGAAGAAUUGGAAGGAUAUGGUGUGUUCCUGUAGCCUGCAGAACUGGAGAGAGGCACUGGCCUUGCUACUGACAUACUCAGAGCCAGAAAAAUUCCCUGAGCUUUGUGGCGUGCUGGGUACUCGCAUGGAGCAGGAGGGCGGCAGGGCACUAACCUCUGAAGCCAGACUCUGUUAUGUGUGCUCAGGGAGUGUGGAGCGGCUGGUGGAGUGCUGGGCAAAAUGCCAGCAGGCUUCAUCCCCCAUGGCUCUACAGGACUUGAUGGAGAAAGUGAUGGUCCUUAACAGGAGCUUGGAGCUACUACGUGGUCCUAAUGGCGUGAGCCCAGGUCCUGCCACAACCUACAGGGUCACUCAGUAUGCCACCUUCCUGGCAGCCCAGGGCAGCCUGGCCACUGCCAUGAGCUACCUACCUACUGAGAGUGCUCAGCUACCAAUUCAGCAGCUGAGAGAUCGGCUUUUUCAUGCUCAGGGUUCUGGUGUCCUGGGCCAACCGUCUCCUCCUUUCCCCUUCCCCCGGGUUGUUGUGGGAGCUACCCCUCACUCGAAAGAUACAUCAUCUUACAGAUCAGGAUUCCAGCCUUAUCACCAGGUUCCAACUCCAUCUCCAAGGCCAAGAAUUUUCACACCUCGGUCAUCACUGAUGAUGUCCUUGACACCUUCUCAUCAUAGCCCUUAUCAGGACUCCAGAAUGCAGAAUACAAGUGACUACAAGGUACCUGGAUCCCAGGCAGCCCAGCCUUUGCCCCUGGGCCCUGGGGUAAGGCCUGCUUUGUCUCAGCUGCAGCUGUUAAGAGGGCCAAGGGCACAAGCUCUUAACCCCAUGGGAUUCCCUGGAACAUGGCCUCUUUCCAGUCCCCUUCCACCUACGGUACCCCCAGACACCAUGCAGGCUGCCUCUGCCUCCCUGCCUGAGACUCCUCAACUGCUCCAUCUGCUUCCAGUGAGACCACCAUGUCUCAGCCCUAUGAGCUUCCAGCCCCCAGCCCCUCCUGUCAGCUUCCCUGUGGCACACCCGCCAGGAGGACCAGGUGCUCCAUGCUCUAGUGCCAUCCCAACCACUGGCAUCUUGACUCCUCAUCCAGGACCUCAAGAUUCCUUGAAAAAUGCUCUAGCUCCCAGGGGAAACCUCCAGAGGAAAAAGUUGCCAGAGGCAUUUAUGCCCCCAGCACCAAUUACAGCUCCAGUUAUGUGCCUCACCCCUGAGCCGCGCGAGGGGUCCUUUCCUCCCAGCCCCGUUCCCGGUGUGGGCCAUGGUCCCCCUGGAGCGCCUGGAGAAUUCAGCCUGCAGCAACUUCGGCAACAACCACCCAAGAAGAUGGAAAGGAAGGAGCUGCCCCCAGAGCAUCAGUCUUUGAAGACCAGCUUUGAGGUGCUUCUACAACGUCGUUCCCUGUCAGCCACUGACUUAAAGACAAAACGGAAGCUGGAUGAGGCAUCCCAACGUCUGGAAUGUCUAUAUGAAAAGCUCCGCGAGGGGACACUCUCUCCUCAUGUCCUGGCUGGGCUCCACGAGGUUGCCCGAUGUAUGGACGCAGGAAGUUUUGAGCAGGGCCUCACAGUGCAUGCCCAGGUGGUGGGCUGCAGCAGCUUCAGUGAGGUCUCCAGCUUCAUGCCUGUCCUGAAGGCUGCCCUCACCAUUGCUCAUAAGCUGCACCUCUAAACCAGGCAGCCUCCCUUGCCAGGAGGCCACUUCUGCUGUUAGUUAACUCCUCCCUGCAGAAAAGGGGAAUUUUGGAACAGAUUCUGUUUGUUUUUCCCAGCCCUCUUCUCUUGCUGCCAGGUAUGUGAUGCUGUAGGCUUGGCUCCAAAUCACCGGAGUGCCUGCUUUGUACCCCUGUAUGCCUGGCCUUCUAGGAUCUGCCCAAGGUUCUCUCAGCCUCUGAGGCAAAGCACAGGGCCAGUUCUUUCCCUGAUACUGCACUCUGACAGGACCUGGGGCAUGCUGUCUUCUCCUCCAGGGUUAUUCUGUUUAAGUGGCUUCUGAGAGGGUGGCAGGAUCAUUACUUCCAAGUCUACCUCUACUGUACCCAUAUUCUAGGUCUUUUGUUUUUCCCCUUCUGUGGGUUAAGAGCCUGACCUUACCUUCUCCUUGCCUCUGACUUCAUAUUUCCAGGUCCAUAUUUCUCUGAGCCACACAGGCCGGGGUAGAUUUGACUGUUGAACGUUCACCCUUUGAACAAGUCAUGGACCUGAGGGAUGAGUACUGAGCAGAACCAAGAGAAGGAACUUUGGCCCUUUUUAAAGGGAACUUCUUAUCUGCCAGCAUUAUUAAGGGUGGACUAGGUUAGGUGGAAGGUGGCAGGGGUGCACUGCCUUUUGCUGGGAGCUGUCUUAGGCUAUGAGAUAGGAGCAGAGGGACCACUGCCUAUGGGGAACAGCCCCUGAUUCAAACCAUUUGAGCCCUGGCCCAAGGCCCCAGACCAUUCAUUCUGUGAUUAUAAGCCCAGUUCUGGAAUAGGAGCCAUAUUAAGGAAAGACUCUCUCCUAGCACUGUUCCUCAAGGGUUGGAGGCCCUUCUCCCCCCUCAGCCCCAGCAUGUCUCAGGGCUGCCUUCUCUGGCUGCAUCUUCAUGGUCGGACACUGCAUUUGAAGCAUGGAUGGACUUAAUGUGCAAUAAAGCUGCUUUGAUUUGGU